AUGGACUUUUUCCACAUCUAUCUGUUGGGAUACCAAAAUUCCUUUCGAAACAAAAAAAGGGUCACAAUCGAAGAAACAAACCAGGAAGAAAAAGUACCCACCAGGCUUCCCCCUAUUUUCUCAGAAGAUGGGAACUAUCCUGUGCACCAAAAUAGCCAUGAAAAGUACCAGGAAGCAGUCCGGAAGGUUUUGUUAAAAACACUCCCUAAUCAGGUCUUCAGAGUGCCCUUGACUGACGCUCAGAACUUCAGCUUCUGGCGCAGUGCAGCUCCAGGAGUGCGCCCCGAGGAGACCAUGCCAUGGAUGCGGAGCCCCCGCUAUUGCCUCAGCAAAAGUCCGAUGACCAGAUUCAUGGAUCACUCUCUUCUCAAUGACAGAACCUUCAGUCUAUAUUGAGAAGGAUACAGUUUGCACAAAGACGAGAUGGAGUCUGGAAGGAGGCAAUGAGGGGGUGUCCGGGUUCCCAGGACUG